AUGGGGAAAGAUGAGAAGUCCAAGCCGAAGAAGGUGCGACUUAUUAUGCAUCUUGGGAGGUUCCUUGUCUCUCACUGUGUUUUAGUCAGGUAUGGCCCUGUAAUCCUGCAGUUCUCACUGCGUUUACCGUUCUUUCUUCUGCUUCUGCUGUCGUACUCAAAACGAAUAUCCUUUUGCUCGGAUAGCAUUCUCUGCUGCUCUGCAGGGUAUGCCACUUUAUUACUCCUUCCCAUUCUGGCAAAAAACACAUACAUCUCAGAGAAUGCUCUCAUGCCAGGUGCACUUCUUUUCUUUAAUGAACCUUUUCUUUUAUAACUUUCUUCUUCUGUUUUAAAUGCUCAGUUCCCAUGUGAUUUUGUUGGUGGAUUUAUCUGGGCUUCCAUGAUUAUUCCCGUUGUGAAAACCCUCUUGUUUCGACAUUAGUAGCCGUUCAUUUUUUAAUCAAAAAUUUUAGUUUACCUUAAAAUAAAUUUAUCCGUCUAAUAGGUCAUCCAUCGACUGCCAGUCAGUACGUGUGGCCGGAAAAAUUGAUUUUUAUGUUUUUUUUUCUCCCUCUUUGAGGUAUGUUGUGGAAUUAAUUUUUUUUCCAUUUGUCAACAUUUUGCAACUCUCGUUAAAAAUUAUAAGCUUGAGAGUUCUGAAAUCAUGUCAGGUAUUAUGGGAAAUUUAACUCGUGAGGACAUCAAUUAUCAUUGGAAUCAUGACUCUAUCUGAUCAUUAUUGGCAGAUAUGGAUGCAAGUUUUGAAGCGUAGUUGUAAAAUUUUGUUCAUUCAUUUUCAUGAUUUUGUGGGAUCUAGGAGCCAUAGGGUACAAACAAUAAGCUUACCAGAUCUGAUUACCCUACAUCUUAUCCGCAUUUUGAGUUGGAUAUCAUAUUUGGAUCUUUUUCUGAAGUUUGCCAACUAGAGCACAAAAAGUAGGUUUUCCAGAUUUGUUUAAUUUGUGUAAUAUUUCCAUCAGGAACUGAGAAAACACAUCUGCUGUGCCAUAACUGAUAGUUUUAGAGAUACCACGUUAUAUAUGUCAUACAAUGGUAUUUUGAUACACCAAAUGUCACGUGUUGUAUCUCACGUUUGUGUUAACUAUAUCAUUUUAUUUUAAAUAAUGUUUCAAGCGAAAGUGAUGUAGUGCACGCUCGCCUUUAGUGAUUUAAGGUAGCAAACUAUGCCUGUGGAGAUUUUUGUCUCAUCUAGCCAGACAUCACUACACAAUCUAUUAAUACCUGACGACCACUUAAAACUAUAUUUAAUUAACAAAUUGAACAUAGGUGUACCGUAAUGAUGAAGCUAAAUGUUGUUUUUUCGGUACACCCAAUACCCCAGUUGUUGCAAGAAGCUCCAACAAUAUAGCUUAUUGGAACUUUGGUAACCGGAGGUCUCCAAGCAUGGGUUAGCUGAACAAUUUUCCCUUGUGUAGCUCGCUGCUCUUGUAGAACUGAAACAAUCAGGAGAGAAGUGGUAAUCUUGGAGUGGAAAAUGCUGGAUUAAAUCUAAAGAAAGCCCUAGAGAAGUCAAAAAAGGUACCAGAAGAAGCACCAGCUUGAACAAAAAUAUCAUAUGAUGGCAUCUCAUCUGCAAAUUAUUUGAGAAAAUAGUACCACUUCAUAAUAAAUCGAGCCAAUUGGUCAUGGAAAGAACUGACCAUGUGUUUCUUCAACUUUGCUCUCUUGUGAUGUAAUUAGUUACUCAUUUUUCAUUUUCUGUAGUGAGUUCUGAAUGAGGAUAAUUUAUUUUCCUUACUAUGAAACUUUCUGUCAGCGCCAUUGUAGGCUGUCAGUUUUUAGCCAAAUUUCUGACUAAGGGAGUUAUCUUUCAUAGGUUCUGCCGAUCCCAUGUUUUCUGUUCAAGAUACAGAGCUAGCAAACAGACUGGUCAAAGAUAUCGUUGGCAACAGAUCCGUUGCAAAAAAUAGAUUGUAUGUUGUUCUCUUCUAAUUAUGUUUUCAAUGGUUUAACUCGGAUUGGUAACUAUUUUUCAUUGCGCAUCAAUUUUUUUAAUCAGUGAGGUAGUGUUUAAGACAUCAUAUCAUAGCAUAACAUGAAAUAGAUGCCAAUUCACAAGUAAAAGAAAGAAAUUUUAAUCCGUGAAUGGAAGUAGCAUUACAAAUUUUUCCGUGAUUGUUUUCCCGUGAUAACUGGAACUGAUAGCCCCGUCAAUGGUAGACUGUGAAUUUUUAUUUUAUUUUUGUUUAGGAAUCUUCUGAUAUUCCUCUCCCCACCAAAUACCCCACCAAUAAUAGAACUUCCACCAGGGUGCCACUUCUCAGAGAGAAUAUCAAUUCCAGUCUGGAGGAGAUCAUGACCAUGUCUGAGACUGUCUGAAUGUUGUCUUGGCUGAGUAAUAAAUAGCUUCCUACACGAAAUUCUUGAAAGGGGUGAUCAAUGUUCUCCUAAUUUGAACGAUGAAAGAAAUUAUCUCUGGGCAUUUGGAUUAGAAACCGACUUCUAAAACAUGAGACCAUCCAUCAUCCCCCCGCUCUUCCAGGGUUUUAAGUUUUACGAGGGAAGCUAUUUUCUAGGUUGAUAUAUACUCCAGUCGACUCCACAUCCAACAUCACAGAUUCGAAGAAAAUGACUUGACUUUCCUGUUGACUUCCAUAGCCUCAAUUUUUUGUCCUUUUAAUCUUCUUUAAGGUCAACUUUUUCUAACACUUGUUGACGCUUGAUGGCCUUGGCAAUUCCUUGAACCGUUAUAUUCUUAAAUGAAGCCACUGGCCAUUUCUUAUAGAAUCUACUCAAACCUGGUGGAUAUUUCUUCUUUACAUCUCAGAACGCUCGAGAUUAGUGUGUUUUUUUUCCCUUGAGAAAGCUUUAGGGAAUAAACUAAACAUCACGGGAAAUAAUAGAAAAUUUGGAGUAUGAAGACAAGUGGGGAUUUAUUUUUUUAAUUCCUUUGUCAGAUUAUUUAUUUCAAGAUUUUUUUUCCCACUGUGAUUUUUUCAACUGCUUUUGCUUCAUUGUGAAUCUUUAUGAAACGCAGGGAGAUUAUAAGACUGAUAGCAGAUAAUAUGGCGGCUGUGGGUGCUGAAGUUUAUUUCCACAAGACCUAUCCUCAGAAUCAUCAGUUUCAUCCAUUGCAUUUCUUUUCUGACCCUGAGAGAGAUUCAUCCCGAGACAAUGGCAGCUGCACUGCAGUGGGCAUCAGCUGUGUGGGCAUCAUACGAGCUCCCCGGGGAGAUGGAAAAGAAUCCAUUGUCUUAGUCACCCCCUACAAUUCGGAUGAGAUCGAGUUGAGCGAAGCCACGACACUUGGCCUUGCUUUCUCUAUUUUUUCUCUCCUAAGUCGAGUGACAUGGCUGGCCAAGGAUAUCAUCUGGCUGGCUGCAGAUACACGCCAUGGAGAAUAUAACUCGGUUUCCACCUGGCUGAGAGACUAUCACAAUCCUAUAUUUUUCAACACUGGCGCAUGUGCUGAAAAGGAUUUCAGCAGCUUUAGGCGUGCUGGAACAAUGGCCGCUGCUCUUGUUCUUCGGGUCAAGGAUAAAGAAGAUGGAAGCGAGAUGGAUAGCCUCACCAUACGCGCAGAGGCAUCCAAUGGGCAGAUGCCGAACCUUGACCUCAUCAAUAUUGUUCAUCUCUUAGCAGUUCAUAGACAAGCUCUCCACGUGAAGAUUGGCACGUUUUCUUCACUCCAUGGGUCGACAUUCUUGAAGGCAGUCGGUGAGACCCUGGAAUGGUUAAGCAGGUUCGCUGGGAGCUUCAAUCCCCAGUGGGCUUUUGGUGUUCCAGCUUCUGACUAUGUCAAGGGCACUGCAACACUCGCGAGCUCGAUCUAUUCCCAGGUAGACACUUAUGGAAUGUUUCCCACUUUGACGUCUGAUUUCGCUCCAUCUGGCAUCCCUCAUUGAUUCCCUCUCUGGUGGCAGGCACUCGGUGUGCCCACUGGUUCGCAUGGCGCCUUCCGUGACUACCAGAUCGACGCAAUUGCCCUUGAAGUGUCCCCCAGAAACUCCCUAGAUUUUGACUUCGGACGCUCUGCAAUACUUCUGAAGGGUGGCAGGUGAAUGCGAUCCGCUUCUUCCUUUUUUCUAUAUCCAAUGUAUAUCUAUGUACUUGUGUUUCCCAAAGCAGAAAAUAAUUUCUAUAUUCCUGAAAUAGCUCCCAGAUAUUCGAAUCACAGCAUUUUUCUGAUCAAAACAGUUAUAUUCCUGAACACUAGCUGUGAUGAACACUUACCUGAUCUAUAUAUCUAUCUCCUUUUCUUCUUAUAUCUUGCUGAUCAGAACAUGAAAGCUUUUCUGGCUUUUAAACGCAGGCUGAUUGAAGGAGUGAUACGCUCGGUGAAUAAUCUUCUGGAGAAGUUUCACCAGUCGUUUUUCCUUUACCUUCUGACCUCUCCCAACAGAUUUGUCUCAGUUGGGGUGUAUAUGAUCGCCUUUGCCCUCCUGGUUGCCCCCUUCCCAAUAGCCGCCGCCGCCCUCUUCUCUGAAGACCAGGAGACCCACCCCGCUGAUUCCACCCAUCUUACAGCCACCAAGGACCAUAGAUGGAGGUGGCUUCACGCAGCAAGAGCUGUGUUCUUGGUCCACUUGUGGGCAGCCAUAGUUUCACUGCUCCCAUACCUCAUCUACCGUCUUCCAAUUCUGACCUCAGACCGCAGAGCCUUAACGUGGGUUUCCCUCUCCAUCUUCUCUCUCCUCACCUUGAAACACCUCUGGGGCUCAAACCACACCCCUCCCAGCGGAUGGGUUUCUCUGAAAGCUGUGAUGAUCUCAGCCGCCGCCGUCGGAUUGAGCCUCAUGUCGAUCAUCAACUUCUCUACGGCUCAGAUUGGGGCCGUCCUCCUGGUCCCCCUGUGCCUCAUGGUGCGCCCUCUGAGACAGAGCAGAGCUCUGCUGCUCUCAGCCUGCAAUGUUCUCCUGACAGUCAUCAGCUUCCCUCCUGCGGCUUCAUUGGUCACCAAGAUUCUGCUAGAUGGGUCUGGAGAGUUCGGCAUUGGGUCCUUCUGGGAUUGGAUGGAGGCCCUCUGGGCCUGGAACAGCGCCACUUAUCUCUACCUGCUCCUGGUUCAUCUCCCUUGCUGGGUUCUCUGCGUUCAUAUUCUUCUUCAUCCCUGA